AUGGAAAGACACAUGUGUUACUUUGUUACCAAAAAAGGGGAUUUGCAAUCAUUGCGCAAUUGGAGACCGAUCUCCCCCAUCAACACUGAUGCAAAGAUAUUUACACGUUUAUGGAAUGCUCCUUUGGUUCAAGCUGCUGAUUCUUUGAUUAAUCCGCUUCAGACAUGGUUCCUACCAAAGCGCUUCAUAGCAGACAACGGCAUGCUGGCCAAAUUGGCAAUGGAUCAAGCAUAUGGUCAUGAGUCUUCUUCCUCCAUAGCACAACUGCUGGAUCAAGAAAAAGCUUACGAUGGCAUUCAUCCUUUGUGUCUUCAUCGAGUUCUUUCAUCAUUUGGCAUACACGAUUCCUUUAUUGUCGCUAUCACUGAUCUUUUCUUUUUGACACCCAUACGUCUCAAUAUCAACGGUCAUCUCUCACCAGCUUUCCAACAGCAACGUGGAUUACGGCAGGAUGAUCCGAUUUUCAAUCUCGCUAUUGAACCACUCCUUCGUGCCAUUUUGGAUGAUUCUUCUUUUCAAGGGAUUACGUUUGAAUACAGCUCCGCAAGAUUCAUCACCAUUGCCUUCUUUGCCAAAUUUGAAGCGUCAAGCCUAUGCCGAUGA